AUGGCCAACCAAGACCAGCGAAACCGUUCGGCCUCGUCGUCGCAUCUCUCUCCUCCUGUUCCGGCCGACUCUUUCCAAACCUUCUCCAAUUCUUAUGAUACCCAGCAGCAAUUCCAGGCCAACAAUCUCAACAAUCAACAGCAGUUUCUUGAUCCCCAAGCCACCUUGCUCGACUUUCAAUCUCCAGGCUUCGACAACAACAGCUUCUUCAGCGCUCGUACUCCCAGUCUUUAUAGUCCAAACGGCAGCAGCAGCAACCUGAGCGGCAACCUGUCUCCCACGUCUCUCAGCGCGACUAACCUGUCGCUUAACGGACCGUCACCUCACAAUCUGCCACAACAAGACUCCAACUCGUUUCCAGGCUUCGACUUCAACCAACAUCAGCUGGACCCAAACCUGUUCUACGGCACUUCCAACCCAUCGCUAGUGGAUCCCAUGGCUGCAACGCAUCACAAUCCGACUCCACCUCACCUACUGCAGCCUCAGUUGCGCCGCUCAUCGCAAAGUCCCAGUCCCCACGCGUCCCCAUCGUACCAGCAGGCUUCGUUCAACCAGGUCAAUCGACAAAGAUCCGAAUCGCUUGACCCCGCAAGCGCUGCAUACCCACCUCCAGGAUAUCAUGGCAACGACUGGGGCGCAGGCCAGGCUUUUCAGUCGCACCGUCGCUCACCCUCAGACGCUUACUCGGAGAUCUCGUCGCAUUCCAACCAGGCUUCGCCAUAUCUACCUACAGCCGACAGCUUCGAUGCUUCGCCUAUGCUGAACCCUCAAACCGACGCUUCUAUGUUCCCUGAUGCCCUCGGCCUCGGCGGCUUCUCCUUGUCUGAUACGCAACUUCCACCUCAUAUUAGUCCAGGCCCUAGUCCGGCCGUGUCACCCCGCUUGUUGCCUCAGUCACAGCAGGCGCUUCCAGACUUCAACACAGCGAAUGGUUUCGCUCUGCAGACCGACAUGAAAUAUCAAAUGCAGCAGAACAAUUUCGACGUGUAUCCGACUACCACGCUCACAGGGGCCGAGCCUUUCCCUCAGCUGAGCAAUGGCGGCACUCCCAAUGAAAUUGGUAUGGCUGAUACCAUGUCUCCUCCCGAGAUUAAUAUCGAUUUCGCUCCUCCUUCGAGAGUGCCCAGCUUUGGACCUCAAGAUGGUGCUGGACCAGAGGACGCGCUGAGUCCACCGGAAAGGAAUCGCAGUCGCAAUCGGAUGCGUGCCAAAUCGGACACUUUCGUUGGAUCGCGACCCGUGACACCCUCGGUCGCAGGAAGAGGUAGAUCUCCUUCAUUACAACCAGGGACAAGUUCUUUGUCACCUUUCGACGCACGCCACAGCGGCUCCCGCUCACCUUCGCCCUCGUCCAUCUCUUCCACGAGUGGCCUGUCUAGACGAUCUUCCACCUCAUCUGUGCCCCAACGCGAUUACAUUCUGGACCUCGCAAAUCCUGAAAGAGCGGCCAGUGGAGGCAACGACCCCAAACGCACUCAGAAACACCCUGCCACGUUCCAGUGCACAUUAUGUCCCAAGAAAUUCACCCGCGCUUACAAUCUACGAUCUCACCUUCGUACCCACACCGAUGAGAGGCCAUUUGUCUGUACGGUGUGCGGCAAAGCAUUCGCUCGCCAGCACGAUCGCAAGCGACACGAGAGCUUGCAUUCAGGCGAGAAGAAGUUCGUCUGUAAGGGCCAACUCAGCAAUGGCGAACAUUGGGGGUGUGGCCGCCGUUUUGCGCGUGCCGAUGCUCUCGGUCGACACUUCCGCUCAGAAGCUGGACGCGUCUGUAUCAAGCCUUUGCUGGACGAAGAGGCUGCCGAACGACAGAAGCAGUGGGCAGAAGAGCACGCCCAACGACAGAUGCAGAGCGAUCAAGGCUUUGUAGCCCCACCGCCCAUGACAAACCAGCCCCAUUUACACCCUAUUCUUCCGGCUGCUCUGCUGCAAAUGUACCCAGACUUGGCAAACCUCGACUGGGGUGCUGUGAGCGCGCCGACCAUUCCUGAAGAGUCUGAGGUCUUCAGUGGAAGGAGCAGCUUCGAUGCUGGAAGCGGCAACGAAUGGGGCGAUCUUAGUGAGAACGAGAUGGGAGCAUUCGGACAGACACCGAACAUGAACAUGGGUCUCGCUAACAAUGGAUGGAUGAGCGACAUGGAGCGAUGA